AUGAACAACAAAGCUAGGGAUAAUGUUAAUAACAGGCCAGUGAAGAUUACAGUUCCAGAUUCUAGUUUGAGAAGAACAGAUGUAGAAGUGAGGGAGCUCGUAAUUUCAUUAAAGGAGAGAAUAUUUCUGGACCACGAGCUAGAGCAAUUACUAUUUUCAAUUUGCAAGGAUAUUCCAAGAAAUGACAAUCCAACAGAAGAUGCAUCCCACUUCAGGCUUCAGUUUAUGAUGGAACCUUCAAAGUAUGGGGGUGCAUUUAAUGACUGUUGCGAGUGGCUGGGUCCAAUUAAUAAGUUCAACUAUUGCCCAGCAAUUAAAGUGCAUUUACCUAAUACCUAUGAACCUUGGAUAACUUAUGCUUCUAAUGUACUAGCAUAUUUAUUCGGAAAGAUUCCUGGGUGUGACUCUCCAAGCAGCUUUCUCAAGAUGUCCGCAAUUAAAGCAAAUGAGCCUUUUCAGAUGUCUUGUGGUAACAGAAAGUGCAUCCGCAUUUCUCAUAUAGUCUACAAGGAAGGAAUGAAAGGAUAUUCAGUCUCAGAAAGAGUUAACCCAUACCCUGAUUAUGUCGAUAUAGAUGAGGCAAUGAAACCAAGUAUGGAAGCCAUUGAUAUGAAUGGAGUGAAUGGUAGCUAUAUUCAAAACGACCAGAACACAUACCAAGGAAGUUCCCCUCAGGACAGUGUAGUGGCUCAGCUUCACUACUAA